AUGCUCCACAAAAAACCUGCAGCCGCGAAACGGAAAACACGAGAAAAAUUCUAUAAUUCGUGACCAAUUGGAUUAAUUAGCAAAGAUGUCCGUAGUACCUCUAAUGUUUCGUGAUUGGUGGGACGAGCUUGACUUUCCAAUGCGCACCUCGCGCCUGCUGGAUCAGCACUUUGGUCAGGGUCUAAAGCGUGAUGAUCUUUUGUCGUCCGUCUGGAACUCUCGUCCCACUGUGCUGCGCUCUGGCUAUCUGCGUCCUUGGCAACGUUCCGUCAACAGUUUGCAAAAACAGGAAUCGGGCUCCACUCUGAAUAUCGACAGCGAGAAGUUCGAAGUGAUUCUCGACGUGCAACAGUUUUCGCCGAAUGAGAUCAAAGUGAAAGUUGCGGAUAAAUUUGUCAUAGUCGAGGGCAAGCACGAGGAGAAACAGGACGAGCAUGGCUUUGUAUCCAGACAGUUCUCCAGACGCUAUCAGCUGCCAGCUGAUGUCAAUCCAGACACAGUCACCUCCUCGCUGUCUUCGGAUGGUCUGCUGACCAUUACGGCGCCCAUGAAGACACUGCCACCGCCUUCCACGGAGCGCCUGGUGCAAAUCACACAGACUGGACCCUCCUCCAAGGAGGAUAAUGCCAAGAAGGUCGAAACAACAACGCAAUAAACGACACGGGCUAUUCAACUGUUAGCUGUUAUUGUUUAAAGAAGCCUUACGAGCAAUUAUCACGCCUUUUUUAUACCAAUGUGAGAACUAGAAUAAGUUUAUAUGACUAUAAUAUUGGAAGUCUUAAAUAUAUAUAGAAUGAAAAAUGAAA